CGCAGACGAGGAAUAUGCCAAAAGAUCCCUGAAAAGAAAAUACGAAGAAAACACUUCGACAGGAAUAGUCGAAUUCCGCAGAGAGAGAGAGAGAGAGAGAGAGAGAGACCGCGUUUUGAUGCUCCCUACUAGUAUUCCCCGGAGCGGAAUAAGAGAGGGGGCUUAUCCCGCACGCGGUAACGCUUAUUCACCUCCUAAUCCCAUUCCCAGAGGAGACGAGGGGGAGGAGCUCGUCGAGGUCGGAGCCAUGGAGAUACUUAGCCCCUCGCCGCCCCCGAGACCCGCCGUUGAACGCUACGGAGGAGGAGGAGGAGGAGGAGCGGGGCCGGCGAUGAUGGGGCUCCGGCGGGUGGCGCCGGCGCCGGGGGCGAGGGACGGUCGGGUGGAGGGGAGGCUCCACGUCGCCGUGGGGAGGUCGCCGGAGAAGACGCUAGGGUUGCUCCGCUGGGCGUUUCGGAGGUUCGGGUGUAGGGAGAUCGGGCUCGUCCAUGUGCACCAACCCUCCCCCGUCAUCCCCACCCUGUUAGGAAAGAUUCCAGUAAAUCAAGCAAAUGAGGAACUGGUGUCUAAUCAUCGAUUGGUGGAGAAAGAAGCAACAAAGAAAAUUCUACUGAGUUAUGUGAAUUUUUGUCAAAAGGCUCAGGUGCAAGCAAGCAUUAUUGUGACUGAAACUGAUCAAAUUCAGAAUGGAAUCGUUCAUCUGGUGGAGCAGUACGGGAUCAAGAAGCUCAUUAUGGGGUCAACACCGGAUAAUUGCUUCAAGUUGAAAGGGAUCUAUAAUAAGGCAGCUUUUUUGGCAAAAUAUGCUCCUUCAUUUUGCGAAAUAUGGUUUGUUUGCAAAGGCCGACAUAUCUGGACAAGGGAGGCCAGCUCAGACUCAGACUCUUACUUCUCUAUUUAUGGUCCAGAUGACAACACACUUCGAAAAAGACUAUGCUUUAGUUCCUUAAAUAACUUUAACAACCACAGUCUCAUACCCAAUCAAGAAUAUAUCGCAAAUGACACUGUCGCCACAGCAGACCCACACGGAGACAGAAGUGUAGAUCUGACAGAAUGUGAUACCAACUUUAUGUAUAAUACUCACGUUUUUGGUAAUUUAAAUUUACAAGAACCAACUCCUUUAGCCAGAAUUGAUUCCGGUUUUUCAUCGGAGACAGAACAAAAGCUUGAGCAGGACUUUGUGUAUGACAAUCUCAAAGAAGUUGCAAUCGAAGCCGAAAGAUCUAAAAAGGCGGCUUUUGCAGAACUAGUGAAGCGCAAGCAAAUAGAAUCGGAAGUUGCAGAAGCUUUUGCUAGGGUUGAAGCUUCUAAAGCAGCCCAAGCCCGUGAAACCAAAAUUAGAGAAGAACUUGAAGCUCAGUUGUUAACCAUCAAGAGACGGCGUGAGGAGCUCUUGAAUCAGAGAGAUGAAGAUGUGAGAGAGCUGGAAAGUGCCAUGAGGAUGUUAGCCGUCCUUGAUUCCCGUGCUCAAGAAGCGGCCCUUUGCAGGGAUGACGCUGCUGCGGAACUUGAGGCCAUCCAGUCUUCCAUUGAGAUCCUCAAGCUAAAGAGACAAAACAUCAAACAUCAGGCAGACAAAGGUGUUGGCCAGCGCAGCCACAACAUAUCUCCGAACUGCAAUGUGAUCGGGUUUGUCGACGAUUCGUAUAAGUUCACAGAAUUCACCUUGUCGGAUCUGCAAACUGCUACUUGCGAUUUCUCGGAAAGCUUCAAAAUGGGGCAAGGAGGCUAUGCUUGUGUAUAUAAAGGAGAAAUUAUGAGUAGAAGUGUAGUGAUCAAAAAAUUGCUUUCACAUAAUUUCCGAGGCUCCAUGGAGUUUCAACAAGAGGUUUAUGUUCUUAGCAAACUGAGGCAUCCUCAUCUUGUUACCCUAAUCGGUGCUUGCCCAGAAGCCCUAGCUCUUGUUUACGAGUAUUUACCAAAAGGGUCCCUCCAAGAUUGCCUCUUCUCGCGAGGCACCAAUCCACCAUUAACAUGGAAAAUGCGUGCCAGGAUUAUUGCUGAGGUCUCAAGCGCGCUCCUCUUUCUGCACUCCUCCAAACCGGAAAAGAUCAUCCACGGUGAUCUAAAACCUGAUAACAUCUUUCUCGAUUCAAACUUCCACUCCAAGAUCUGUGAUUUCGGUAUUUGCAGACUAGUCCCUGAGGAAACAGUAAAUUACCCCUUGUUCCGGAGAAGCACAGAGCCUAAAGGUUCAUUCCCUUAUUCUGACCCGGAAUAUCAGAGAACCGAACUUUUGGCUCCAAAGUCCGAUGUAUAUUCCUUUGGGAUCAUUAUCCUUCAGAUUCUCACAGGAAAACUGCCUCUAGGGUUACCGAAUGAAGUAAGGCGGUGCAUGUCAUUGGGGAAGCUGUCAUCGAUAUUGGAUCCGACAGCUGGAGAGUGGCCAACUGAUGUGGCGAUAAGGCUCGCAGAGUUUGGCUUGCAAUGCUGCGAGUUGAAUGUUCGUGAUCGGCCUGAGUUGACGCCGGAAAUUGUGAGGGAGUUGGAACAGCUACAUUUGAUGAAGGAAAGGCCGGUGCCUUCCUUCUUCCUAUGCCCAAUUCUUCAGGAAAUAAUGCAUGAUCCACAGGUGGCGGCGGAUGGCUUCACUUAUGAAGGGCGCGCUUUGCGGGGUUGGUUGGAGAAUGGUAGAGAAACAUCUCCUAUGACCAAUUUGAAGCUAAAGCACCUGAAUCUUACUCCCAACCACGCUCUUCGAUUCGCCAUCCAGGAUUGGCUUUGCCAAUCUUGAGGAUUUGGAUAGCGAAGAGUUUGUUUGUAUUUCAAUAUCCAAUACCAACAGUUGUUUUAUCAUCUUCUUUAUUGUUUCUUGUGUAAAUCUGUGUAAAUUCAGAUGUAGCUUUGUACAUAAAGUGUAUAGCAUAGCGAUAUCGACGUAGCCUAGCUGUAGAAGACUAGAGUUUACUGCAGUUAUGCAAAAAGAAAUGCGGUUUAGUUCUUGGUGAGAUUUUUGUACCCUGAUGAUCACUGGCUUAUUUAUAUACAAUCCUUUGUGGCCCAGUCUUAUGCAAUACGACAGUUGUCAUUUGGUAUAA